ACGAUCUUUGGCAUUUGCUUAUAAACUCCAAAUAACGCAUAAUAUGGCAGCAUCUGUGUUAAUUUCGGUUCAUUUGCGCUUAAACAGCUGGCUAUAGCGUAGAGUUCAUUCUAAAUACAGCUGUUUAAUCAACAACUUUAUUUUGCUUACACCUUAUAGAGGGUUGGAAACUAAAGAAAAUAGGUGAAAAAUGCAGAAUUUAGGCAAACCUGAGGAGCAAGUCGUAAAUUCCCGACUUGAGCAAGUGGCUAGACCUCUAGAAUUAGCUGAUGCACUCAAAUCAGUGUUAGGGCAAUCCAUGGAAGAAGUACAAACUGCAAAUCAAAACGAUGGUUUAUUCGCACCCCAGUCGCAGGAACAGAAAUCAGCAAAGAAACGUGCGUCCGCAGAUAAACAGCAAGUAUAUGGGUACAUGAAAAAGAAGAUUCUUAACCAUUUGGAAAAAAAUAGUUGCAGCUCAAGUAGUGUAAAUGAUGUGAUAGCAGCUUCGAAAUUUAAUAGGGACGUAAUACUCGAAUAUUUAAAUCAACGAAUGCAAAUGGCUGUAAUGAAUGUUCAUGAAGAGUGUGAGUCGCCAAGUUUUAAGAACAUUGAAGCCUGGUUAGAGCAAUUCAAAAAAUGGAAUUUACCCCAGUCAUGCUUGUAUGAACCUGCUCUAGUUAUGAAUGGCAUUGCAAAUAAUGAGGAUAUUCCCCCAGCAAACCAAUUGGAAGGUAUAGACCUAAGAUCUGUUUAUAAAUUUCUAGGAAAUGCAUUAAUGGGCUUACCACAACCAAAAUUAAAUACCAAAACAGCGGAGUUUUUAGCUAAAGAGUUUGAGGUAAAUUCUAAUUUCUUUCUAAAAGGUAAGCUCAUAAGCUGUAAGUCUUGUUCUUCACUAUUGCUGCAGGUUUAGGUACGUACAUAUGUA